GGAAGCAGUUUGCAGGCUCAAACUGUGAAGCAAAUUCCUUAAGAUGCUGGCCAGGGGGUGGUGCACACCUUUAAUCCCAGCACUCAGAAGGCAGAGGAUCUUUGGGAGAUCUAGGCCAGCCUGGUCUGAGGAGCUAGUUCUAGGACAGUCAGGGCUGUGACACAGAGAAACCCUAAAAAAAGACCCCCCCCCCAAAAAAAGCUCCUGAAGAUGGAAGCAAUUUGGCUAGACAGUCCUGUACCACACAGGUGAAGAGUGGAUACAUACCUAGUAAGCAUAGAACAUUCUGAGACCACAGAAGAGGAUGAACUGGAGGUAGAGGGGGGAGAGAAUUCAGGGAGGCUACCUGGUGCUCAGCCACAUGUGGGGGAAGAAAUUGACAGUACUCAGGAUACACAGAAUGGGGGGCAGAUGGACAAGACACAAGGUUGCUUCUAUAGCUCAAGCUGGCCUUAAAAUGGCUAAUGUUGAGGCAGCACAGCUGUGCAAGGACUGUUAGAAAAGUCGAAGAGCAUCACCGGUGCUAUCUUCUACUUGGUGAGUUGGAAACUGGCCUGGGUGUGGCCAACCCAUUGUCCACUUUAUGCAAUGACUGUUUCUGUACGCAUGCUUAUUCUUCAGAUGACAUCCAGCUACUUCCUCAUUCAGCUUUCCUAGUAUCUGGAUCGACAGGUAAGGACCACCAUGGCCAGCUCUUGUGUGCUACUCUGGUUUUGCUUGUUUUGUAUAGGGAUAUAAACUAGGCUGACCUAGGAGUCAGAAUCCCCACAUCAGCUUUUCCAGUGCUAGAGUAGUGUUGGGGGUUCAGGUGUUUACUCUUGACUCCAUCUACUUUUUGUUUGAGACAGGACCUCAGUACGCACCUCUGACUGCACUGGAACUUGCCAGGGAGACCGGAGUGUUGGGAUUAAAAGGAGCCGAGCCCCACCGCCAUCACAAAUAUAUAUAUUUUACUGGGACUGGGUGAGGGACAUGGAAAAUUCGCUAUUAUUGAGCUACACACCACAACAAAACCCUUUUUAAAAUUUUUCUUUUUGAGGCAAAAUUUCACUCUUGUAGUCCUGCUGACUUCAAACUAGUGGUGAUCCUUCUGUCUGUCUCCUAAAUGCUGGGAUUAGAGGUGUGAGCCAAAGGCCCAGCUGCUAGCACUUAUGCUUGGAUAAAGUCUCAUGUAGCGCAGCUUUGAACCUGCAAUGUAGCCAGAGAUGACUCCACCUCCCCAAGUGCUGGCAGUGCAUAUCACCUUAAAAAAAAAAGAAAAAGGUGACUGGUGAGGCAUGGUGAUGCGUGUCUUAAUCCCAGCAUUCAGGAGGCAGACGGAUUUUGAGGCUAUUCUGGUCUACACAGUGAGACCCUGCCUCAAAAGGAAAAAAAAAAACCCUUUCUUACUAGCUUAUACUGUUGGUCGCCAUUUUUCCUGACCUCCUAACAUCCCACUUCAGAACUAGAGGCAGCCAGCGUCAUCAGUCAUGGAUUUCAGAGGACGACCAGCUCGGGCAUCUGCUGCGCAGGUCGAGCAGCAGGUGGCAAACUUGUCCUCCUUUCAAGUUACCUUGACUGGGCGAUAGCGUCCUAGGGAGGCCACAAGUGGGUGGAGCUAGCAGCCUAAUUCCGGCCAGGGGCCGGGUAAGGGUUCCUAGCAAUCGCGUGCCCGGCUAAACUAAACCGUGGAGCCUUCACAACUACAGCGUAACCGUUCCAUUGCUCCUUAGACUGCUAGGUUACUCAAGAGCAACUUGUGAACAGGUUGCUAACGGGAGAAGGUUCGUUUUGCACACCAUCUGGCCUCUGAGCAAACAGAGAAAACACCGCAGGACCCCUCGGGGGACAGAGGCCCCGAGGAGGCUGGGACCCAGGUGCCGGCAGGGCCGACGUCACCACUCCGCCUCUGCAACUGAGCCCGAGCCCCCAGAAGAUUCCAAACGAGAGUCCAAGUAGAUCCUCGGUCCCUCCGAGUGUGAUCUGCAGGGAAACUGAGGCAGGGCGUGCGUAUGGAUUCAUUCCUUUCCGCCUACAUCCCAAGAAAAGCAAAGCUGUCUCCCCCCCACCUUCGGACCAUACGGGACAACAGGGAAGAUGGGGAGGGGGUCGAAAGCAAUCAAGGUCCGGGGAACCGGCCGACAUUGCCACACUCAAGAUGGCGGCGCGGCCCCGGCGAGGUCCCUCAGAGGCGGUACCGACGCAUGCGCAGCGCGGAGUCCCGGCCCGGGACACAAGAUGGCGGCAGCGGCGCUGGGGAGGGCGAGGCGGAGGCGGCAAAACGGGCGGUCGAGCAGAACGUGUAGCCGCAUCCCCUUGAGUCCAUUUCGGGCAGCUGCUGAUGCACGGAGUCCCCUGAGUCCCUGUCAACCUCACUGCUGACCAGCCUAUCUACCUGUGCUGCACCUUCCUGUGGGCCCCCCUGCUUCUGUGGGACCCUGUGACGUGGGUUCAGUCCAGCCAGAGAAGAAACCCCUCUCAUGUUGCAGACCCCAGAGGGUCCCGCGCGGCUGCUGAGAUGGCCAAUGAGAAUCACGGCAGCCCCCGGGAGGAAGCAUCCCUCCUAAGUCACUCUCCAGGCACCUCCAAUCAGAGCCAGCCCUGUUCUCCAAAGCCAGUGCGCCUGAUACAGGACCUCCCAGAGGAGCUGGUACAUGCAGGCUGGGAGAAGUGCUGGAGCCGGAGGGAGAGCCGCCCCUACUACUUCAACCGAUUCACGAACCAGUCCCUGUGGGAGAUGCCUGUGCUGGGCCAGCACGAUGUGCUUUCGGACCCUUUGGGGCUGAAUGCAACCCCCCUGCCCCAAGACUCAAGCUUGGUGGAAACUCCCCCAGUGGAGAACAAGCCCAGAAAGCGGCAGCUCUCGGAGGAGCAGCCAAGUGGCAAUGGUGUAAAGAAACCCAAGAUUGAAAUACCUAUGACACCUACAAGCCAGUCGGUGCCCAGUUCCCCCAGCAUCCCAGGAACCCCAACACUAAAGAUUUGGGGUGCAUCUACUGAAGAUAAACAGCAAGCAGCUCUCCUCCGACCCACUGAGGUGUACUGGGACCUGGACAUCCAGACCAAUGCUGUCAUCAAGCACAGGGGCCCUUCAGAGGUCCUGCCCCCACACCCUGAGGUCGAGCUGCUCCGCUCUCAGCUCAUCCUGAAGCUACGCCAGCACUACCGGGAGCUGUGCCAGCAGCGGGAGGGCAUUGAGCCACCCCGAGAAUCUUUCAAUCGUUGGAUGCUGGAGCGCAAAGUUGUAGACAAAGGAUCUGACCCCCUGUUGCCAAGCAACUGUGAACCAGUUGUGUCACCUUCCAUGUUUCGUGAAAUUAUGAAUGACAUUCCCAUCAGGUUAUCCCGAAUCAAGUUCCGGGAGGAAGCCAAACGGCUGCUCUUUAAAUAUGCAGAGGCUGCCAGGCGGCUCAUUGAGUCCAGGAGUGCAUCCCCUGACAGCAGGAAGGUGGUCAAGUGGAAUGUGGAAGAUACCUUCAGCUGGCUUCGGAAGGACCACUCAGCCUCCAAAGAGGACUACAUGGACCGCCUGGAGCAUCUGCGGAGGCAGUGUGGGCCCCAUGUCUCUGCUGCAGCCAAGGACUCUGUGGAAGGCAUCUGUAGCAAGAUCUACCACAUCUCCCUGGAGUAUGUUAAACGGAUCCGAGAGAAGCACCUUGCCAUCCUCAAGGAAAACAACAUCCCAGAGGAGGUGGAGGCCUCAGAGUUGGAACCCCGCCUGGUGUACUGCUACCCAAUUCGUCUGGCUGUGUCUGCACCCCCCAUGCCUAGUGUGGAGAUGCACAUGGAGAAUAGUGUGGUCUGCAUCCGGUAUAAGGGAGAGAUGGUCAAGGUCAGCCGCAGCUACUUCAGCAAACUGUGGCUCCUGUAUCGCUAUAGCUGUGUUGAUGACUCUGCCUUUGAGAGGUUCCUGCCUCGAGUCUGGUGUCUUCUCCGUCGAUACCAGAUGAUGUUUGGCGUGGGCCUCUAUGAGGGGACUGGCCUGCAGGGAUCACUGCCUGUACAUGUCUUCGAGGCCCUCCACCGACUCUUUGGCGUCAGUUUCGAGUGCUUCGCCUCACCCCUCAACUGCUACUUCCGUCAGUACUGUUCUGCCUUCCCGGACACAGAUGGCUACUUUGGCUCCCGCGGGCCCUGCCUGGACUUCGCCCCGCUGAGUGGUUCCUUUGAGGCCAACCCUCCGUUCUGCGAGGAGCUCAUGGAUGCUAUGGUCUCUCACUUUGAGAAACUGCUGGAGAGCUCACCAGAGCCCUUGUCCUUCAUUGUGUUCAUCCCUGAGUGGCGGGAUCCCCCCACACCAGCGCUCACCCGAAUGGAGCAGAGCCGCUUCAAACGCCACCAGCUGAUCUUGCCUGCCUUUGAGCACGAGUACCGCAGUGGCUCCCAGCACAUCUGCAAGAAGGAGGAAAUGCACUACAAGGCUGUCCACAACACGGCCGUGCUCUUCCUGCAGAACGACCCCGGCUUUGCCAAAUGGGAGCCGACGCCAGAGCGGCUGCAGGAGCUCACCACUGCCUACAAGCAGUCGGGUCGCAGCCAUGGCUCCAGCUCUUCCUCAUCAUCCUCCUCAGAGGCCAAGGACCGGGACUCGGGCCGGGAGCAGGGCCCUAGUCGAGAGUCUCACCCCACUUAACAUAUCCUGCGGGGAGGAGGAGCCCCAGGGGUGCUGUUAUAGACUGCUGGAACUCAGUCCUCAGAGCUGAGCAGGCCCCAGGGCACUCCCUUGGGGUGGCAGCAGGACUUGGGCUGCCAGGGACAUAGGAAUAUUAUGGCUCUGCCAGGGUUCCCCCUCCCUGCUCACUCCCCCAGAUUCACCAAAUCCCUUGUAAAUAGGCCCAUGCCUUCCCAGCCCCACACUGACCCUGUUGCUGCCUUGUUUCAUUUGUAAAAGGAAAUACAGAAACUUCCCCAA